AUGAAGCUUCGUGGAAUUAUAGGACUCGUUGCCAUUCUCGGCAUCGCUCACGCCCAGGCUUGGGGAUUUUUCGGUGAGGAACCCGAGGAAGACUUAUUUGCCGACAAGAAGUGCCCAUACGAAGUGCUCGGUGUAAAGAAAUCGGCCACGGCCAGCGAAAUCAAAAGAACAUUCCGCCAACUCAGCAAGAAGUACCACCCAGACGUGAGCAAAGAGCCUGACGCCGCGGAAAGAUAUAAGGAAAUCAACGAGGCCUACGACAUACUGAAUAACGCAGAUAAAAGGAAGGCCUAUGACGAGGGAGGAUUCGCAGGACUAAUGCGCCAAAGCCAAUCAGGAGGCAACGACGACGGAUAUGAUAUUAACGACAUAUUCUCAAACAUAUUCGGGUUUGGCGGCGGACGUCGGAGAGACGAGGAAAUGCGGGCGGAGGCGUUGGUGUACCCGCUCUCAAUCCCACUCGAUGUGCUCUACCACGGACGCGACCUGACUAUCAAGAUACAAGUCAACAGGCUAUGCCCGGAGUACGACGAGUGCAAAGUCAAUCGAAAGGACUGUCAAGCGGCGGGAGUCAGAUUGGUCACCAUGCAGCAUGGUCCUGGCAUGUUUAUGCAACAGCAAGUCAGGGAUCACACCUGCAUUGGCCGCCACGAGGGAUGGAAAACGUCCUGCUCGGCGUGCCCCAACGGACCGACGUACGUGGAGGACGUUAACUUGGAACUCACUAUCGAGCCCGGAGCCAAACAAGGGCAGCAAAUCGUCAUGGAGGGACGUGGUCAAGAAAGGCCGGGCAUGAAGCGCGGUCACGUCGUGUUCGUCAUCGAGGAGAAGCCGCAUCAGAUAUACCGCAGGGAGGGAAACGACUUGCAUCGCACGAUGGACAUCACCCUCAAAGAGGCCUUGCUGGGAUUCGACAAGACCAUCGACCUCUUCGGAGAAAGCAUCGAGGUAGCGGAAAGCGGAGUGACGCCGCACAACCACGUCAUCAAAAUAGACCAAAAAGGAAUGCCGUCAGACGAACGCGGAGGUUUCGGGGAUAUGUAUGUCUCCAUACGAGUCAUAUUCCCAAGAAGGCUCAGUGCUGAACAAAUCGCACUCAUUGAACGCGCAUUAUAA